AUGAAAUUUCUUAUCUUCCCCCCGGCACUUCUGGCGUCUCUCACUGCCGCCCAUUUCACCAUCAACUACCCUCCCUCCCGGGGCACCGAUGAAAAGACUCAGUCCGAAUUUCCCUGUGGGGGAUUCUCUCAACCCUCCAGCCGCACCAUGAUCUCUCUCUCCUCACCCAGAUUCCCCAUUUCGGUGGAUCUGGGCCAUGACCAAACAGCCGUUCGGUUCCUCCUUGCCGUAGGCUCAGCCCCAGGCACGAACUACAACAUCACCCUCAGCAAGACCUUCCGGGUGGAAGGACUGGGUGAAUUCUGCGUACCUGAUGUGACUCUCUCCGAAGAUGCACUGGGAAGAAAGCUCGAGGACGGGUUGGAUAUGACGUUGCAAGUACAGGCAAAUGGACAUCCUGACGGGGGCUUGUAUGCUUGUGCCGAUCUCCAACUCACUACGGAAAAUAUCCCUGGUCCAUCCAAGUCCACAUGCAAGAAUAACACUGGCAUUACUGCUGUCCCUUUCACUGGCGCCGCGGCAGACCGAAAUGCCAACGUCUCGACUCCAGAGGGAAACUCGCAGGGUGGUGAGGAUACCAAAAAUAAGGGUGAGUCGCAUGCUCCCUUUUUGACUGGUGGAGCGGUGUUGCAGGCGGCUUCUUGGGGCGUUUUGGGCGUUUCGGUUCUUGGGUCACUGGCGAUUUGA